AUGGUUGCCAUGUUUUUACUCGUUGUUGGUCACAAUACUCGAUACUCUUUGAUUCAUAAAACAUUUGAUCAAUCACACUACAAUACUAGCCAAAACUUCAACAAAGUGUUGAAAGCAUUAAAUAACAUUGCAGCAGAUAUGAUGGUUAAACCUGGAUUUGUAGUACCAGAGAGAAUAAGGGAGAGUACAAGAUUUUUUCCUUACUUUAAAGAUUGCAUUGGAGCUAUUGAUGGCAGUCAUUUUCCAGCAAUGAUGCCUGGAUAUGAUACUAAUAGCUAUCGUAAUCAUCAUGGAAUGAUUUCUCAAAAUAUUUUGACAGCUUGUAACUUUGAUUUAAAAUUCAUAUAUGUGCUUAGUGGGUGGGUGGAAUCUGUUUAUGAUUCAAAUGUUUUGACAGAUGCUUUAUCAAGAAAUAACGGGUUUAAAGUUCCACAAGGUAAAUAUUUUUUAGUGGAUGGGGAAUAUCCGAAUCGGCUUCAAUUUUUGGCUCCAUUUCGAGGCGGAAAUGGAAGCUGCUCCUCCUCCUCCUCCUCUUCUUCUUCUUCGCCUUCUUCCUUGCCAGAUCGGCUGACCUCCGUCGCCAUCCAUCCACGUCGCUAA